AUGAGGUCAGUACUUUUAGUUGGAGGGUCCGGAUUCUUAGGACUCCAUCUCGUGGAAAAGUUCUAUAAUUUGUCACCGCGUCCGGAGAUACAUGUUUUUGAUGUAAGACCACUUCCUGAAAAGCUGUCCAAGGCAUUUACGUUCGAUCCCAAGAAAAUUAAGGUCCAUGUCGGAGAUCUAACAUCAGAAAGUGACAUAUCGGAGGCGCUUCGUUCAAGCCAUGCCGAUAUCGUCGUACACUCGGCAUCGCCAAUGCAUGGAUGCAGUCAAGAGAUCUAUGAUAAAGUCAAUGUCGAAGGGACGAAAAAUCUUUUGAGCGUAUCGAAACAUAUGGGAGUCAAAGCAUUUGUUUACACGUCAUCUGCAGGUGUUAUAUUCAACGGGCAAGACAUUCAUAAUGCUGACGAGUCAUGGCCAAUUCCUGAAGUUCCAAUGGAUGGUUAUAACGAAACAAAGGCGACGGCAGAAGCCAUGGUUUUGCGUGCCAACAGUGCGAACGAGAGCUUUUUUACUCUAGCUCUAAGACCUGCCGGCAUUUUUGGACCCGGAGACCGUCAAUUGGUGCCAGGUUUGAGAAAUGUGGCGAAAAUGGGGCAGUCCAAAUUCCAGAUUGGUGACAAUAACAACCUUUUCGAUUGGACAUAUGUGGGUAAUGUUGCCGAUGCUCACGUUUUGGCUGCAGAAAAGUUACUGGAUACUUCGGCAUGUCCUACAGUGGCCGCACAAUCUUUCUUCAUCACCAACGAUGCUCCUACUUACUUCUGGGCCCUAGCCCGGACUGUCUGGAGGGCGGACGGCCAUGUGGACAGUUACAACAUUGUCCUCCCAAGGCCUUUGGCAAUUGCCGUGGGCUAUUUGUCGGAGUACUUUUCGAAAUUCACUGGUAAAGAGCCAGGCCUUACGCCUUUCAGAGUCAAAAUUGUAUGCGCUUACCGCUAUCAUAAUAUCAGCAAAGCAAAAAGCCUUUUGGGUUAUAUUCCCAAUGUUGAUAUCGAGGACGGGAUUGCUAAGACACUUUCUUGGAUGGACGAAGCGAUUUAG